AUGCCCAGCCUGACGCAUACGCUGGCCGUGCAUGUCGACAGCCUCGUGCCCAAGAGCCUCUACAUCAAUGAUGCGCAGCGCAAGCGCUGCGCGCUCUGCCUCCGUCGCUUUCACCCGUUUCGGCGACGCCACCACUGCCGGCUGUGCGGCGAGGUCGCCUGCCACCAGUGCACGCUGCACGUCACCCUGGUGCUGCCGGGCACAGCGACGUCGUUGACGCGCAGCUGCUGCCGGUGCGCCGACGCCAAGGGCCGGUCGCUGCCCAUCGGGGAGGAAGCCGCGCUCGAGCACUGGACCUCGCCGUGA